GCAUGUCUACGCAGUUCACGCUAUUUACAGGGAGGGGGCACUGGCGUAGGCAAACUCUUAGCUCCGACUAGCAGCCGCUGCUAAAUCACCGCCUUCUCCAAGGAAACAAAACAAUAUCGACUCGGCUUGACGGCGUGCGACGAGCAGAGACCGUCUCUCUACACGACAACGCGCUUUCCCGUGGAAUGAGCAUUCCAUGCAGCAUCCUAGGUAUGAAUGACGUGGCCUGGCAGGAGACAAGAGGUGGGAUGCUGCAUGCAAAUGGUGCUCCUGAGACCGGAGGUGUGAGAGUUCACGUUGGAGGGCCCCUAACCUCAGUUGGAGGAGCUGGACAGGCUCCAGGAGGCACUCAUUUACAAGGCAUGGACAGGGUAGCCAACCCCACCCCAGGUACCCCGCAGCCUCUGCUGAGUGGACGAUCUCAGGAUGACGCCACAGUCGGAUACUUCUUUCAGAGGCAGCCUGGAGAGCAGCUUGGCGGUUGCACUCCCAGUAAACAUCGUUGGCCUACCGGAGAUGCCAAUCAUAUUGACCAGAACCGUCCUUUGGAUGAAAUGAACUAUGACUUUCAAGCCCUUGCUUUGGAGUCAAGGGGCAUGGGAGAGCUCUUGCCUGCAAAAAAGCUUUGGGAUUCUGAUGAGAUGGCGAAAGAUGGAAGGAAAGGGAUGCUCCUUGGAGAGGAGUGGAGGGACACUGCCUGGGGAACAUCUCAUCAUUCAGUGUCUCAGCCAAUCAUGGUGCAGCGGCGACCAGGCCAGAGUUUCCAUGGCAAUGGUGAUGCCAAUUCUGUGCUUUCACCUCGCUCAGAAGGUGGAGGCCUGGGUGUGAGCAUGGUGGAGUACGUCCUGAGCUCCUCUCCUGGUGACAAGAUGGAUGGUCGCUACCGGAACGGAGGCUAUGGUGGAGGAGACGCUGACCCAGAUGGGAGAGAGAAGAGUGAUGCUCAAGAGAAAAUCUCCCCAUUUGAAGAGGAUAAGAGCCCAGAGAUGAAGGUGGGAGAGGAGAGUGAUCCGGCGAAAGCCAACGGAAGAAGUCUAUUAAACGGCAUGGACAGAGACUGCAAAGACUUCAAUCCAACACCUGGAAGCCGUCAAGCUUCCCCCACGGAGGCUGUGGAGAGGAUGGGCCCAAUUCAGACAGGUUUAGAGAUGAUGGUACAGCACCACCCCCACGCCCUCCAACAACAGAACCCUGUUCAAAACAAGGCUCCUGCUGAGGAUUUCCAGAACCAGGAGGCACAGAACAUGGGAGGUAUGGAGCAGCAAGCCAAUGUGGAGUCCCUUCAGUUUGACUACGCUGGGAACCAGAUUCAGGUGGACUCCUCGGGGACUCCAGUAGGAUUGUUUGACUACACCUCUCAGCAGCAGUUGUUCCAGAGAUCUAAUCAGCUGACUGUUCAACAACUCACUGCAGCUCAGCAACAACAAUAUGCCCUGGCUGCAGCCCAGCAGCAGCAUCUUGCUGGCCUUGCUCCCGCAUACCCUUACAUCAUCAAUGCUGGCCCCCCUGGAACCGAUCCCUACACUGCAGCUGGGCUGGCAGCCGCAGCCACACUUGCAGGGCCCACAGUGGUUCCACCACAGUACUACGGUGUUCCAUGGGGAGUGUACCCUGCUAAUCUUUUCCAGCAGCAGGCUGCAUCUAAUGCCAAUCAUUCAGCUAAUCAGCAAGCAUCCAAUCAGGGACCAGGGCCAGGCCAACAACAGGUAAUGCGCACAGGAAACAACCAGCGACCUCUUACGCCUGGGCAAGGCCAGCAAAGUCAGCAAGAGUCUCUAGCUGCAGCAGCUGCUGCAAACCCUGCACUGGCAUACACAGGAAUGUCUGGUUAUCAGGUGUUGGCUCCUGCAGCUUACUAUGACCAGACUGGAGCUCUGGUGAUGGGCCCCGGUGCCCGAACUGGUCUCGGUGGGCCAAUGCGUCUUGUCCAGACCCCUCUACUCAUCAACCCUGCUGCUGCUGCAGCUCAGGCUGCAGCUGCGGUGUCUGCAUCUGGGUCUGGCAACAACAUGUCUGGUCCUCCAGCUAACGGGCUGUACCGUUCCAUGCCUCAACCUCAACCCCAGCCACAGCAGCAGCAGCAGGCUCCCCCGCCCAGCAGCGGCCUGCCCUCCAGCUCAUUCUACGGCUCUGGAUCGGUCCCCAACACUUCUCAAAGCAGCUCUCUUUUCUCACACACCUCCGCUGCCCCACCACCAAGCUCUUCCCUGGGCUUCAGCAACACCGGCGGUUCUCUUGGCGUGGGCCUAGGCUCAGCUCUUGGAGCCUUCGGCUCAUCUGUAUCCAGCUCUACCAGUAGCAGUGUAACUCGCAGGGACUCUCUGUUGGCAAGCUCUGACCUGUACAAACGCGGUGGCAGUAAUUUAACUCCCAUUGGUCAGCCCUUUUACAACAGCCUGGGUUACUCCUCUUCACCCAGUCCUAUUGGCCUUACACCCGGUCACUCCCCACUCACUCCUCCACCUUCUUUGCCCUCCUCCCAUGGAUCCUCUUCCAGCCUUCACCUUGGUGGCCUGACUAAUGGCAGCGGGCGUUACAUCUCUGCAGCACCUGGAGCUGAGGCAAAGUACCGGAGUGCUGGUAGUACAUCCAGUCUGUUCAAUUCCAGCAGCCAGUUGUUCCCUCCGUCUCGGCCCCGUUACAGUCGCUCUGAUGUCAUGCCGUCCGGACGCAGCCGUCUACUGGAAGACUUCAGAAACAACCGCUUCCCAAACCUCCAGCUCCGUGACCUUCCAGGACACAUGGUGGAGUUCUCUCAAGACCAACAUGGAUCCAGGUUUAUCCAGCAGAAGCUAGAGAGGGCCACUCCUGCUGAGAGGCAGAUGGUGUUUGGAGAGAUUCUGCAAGCAGCAUACCAGCUGAUGACUGAUGUCUUUGGGAACUAUGUCAUUCAAAAGUUUUUUGAGUUUGGAAGUGCCGACCAGAAACUGGCUUUGGCAACACGUAUUCGUGGCCAUGUACUUCCACUGGCUUUGCAGAUGUAUGGUUGUAGAGUCAUCCAGAAAGCCCUGGAGUCUAUUUCCUCAGACCAGCAGGUAAUUAGCGACAUUGUCCGUGAGCUGGAUGGCCACGUGUUAAAGUGUGUGAAGGACCAGAACGGGAACCAUGUGGUACAGAAGUGCAUUGAGUGUGUCCAACCUCAGGCGCUUCAGUUUAUUAUUGACGCCUUCCAGGGCCAGGUGUUUGUGUUGUCCACACACCCUUACGGCUGCAGAGUGAUCCAAAGGAUUUUGGAACACUGCACUCAGGAGCAGACUCUCCCCAUCCUGGAAGAGCUGCAUCAGCACUCUGAACAGCUGGGCCAGAAAUAUCAAGGCGUAUCAUUGGAGAUGACACCCAAAACAUAUUAUACAGUGUCCCGCGAUGCACUGUUCAAGGAUCAGUAUGGUAACUACGUCAUUCAGCACGUGUUGGAGCAUGGCCGACCGGAAGAUAAGAGCAAGAUAGUGGCAGAGGUUCGAGGAAAGGUCCUUGUCCUGAGCCAACACAAAUUUGCAAGUAAUGUUGUUGAGAAGUGUGUGAUCCAUUCUUCGCGUGCCGAAAGAGCUCUGCUGAUCGAUGAAGUGUGCUGCCAGAAAGACGGGCCUCACAGCGCCCUGUACACAAUGAUGAAGGACCAGUAUGCCAACUAUGUUGUCCAAAGAAUGAUUGACAUGGCAGAACCCGCUCAGCGCAAAAUCAUCAUGCACAAGAUCCGGCCUCACAUCGCUACUUUGCGCAAGUACACCUACGGGAAGCACAUUCUGGCCAAGCUAGAAAAGUACUACAUGAAGAGUGGAUCUGAACUGGGUCCUAUCGGCGGCCCUGCGAAUGGCCUCAUGUAGUCACGUCCACAUCCUGGGCCCCCUGAGGAAGAGGAAGAAGAAGAAGAGGAGGAGGAGGAGCCCCAAACCCCCUGUUCUGUGAGAGAUGCUCCUUAGCCAUAGGGCCUUUGACACCCUCUGACAUCCCAUUUUUUUUGGGAAUUACCAAAAAACAUAAAAAGACAAGUCAACCUCACCUAAGAACGCUGUGACAACUGACCCCUGCCGCUCUGCCACCCCUGGUGCAGGUCCCCAGCGUGGCCCCAAGGGUAAACAAAGUAAGCAGGCCGUUUUCGUUUUUUUUUUUUU